ACACACACACACAGUCACUCUCUUCUUGUUACAGCGUCUUCCACUCUCCAAUAAACAGUCCAGGUGUGUUGGGGCACUCCGCAGGAUGUCCACCAACGGGCCGCAGUUAACGAGCUUAGUGUCAGAGGUGGUGCCACCCCUGACCUAUGCCGCUCAUAAGGGUCAGGCCGGUAGAAUUGGUAUCAUGGGUGGAUCCUUGGAGUACACGGGUGCCCCUUACUUCUGUGCCAUGACGGCUCUACGUAUCGGUGCAGAUCUGGCUCACAUUUUCUGCCAUCGCGACGCAGCCGUGCCCCUCAAGUCAUAUUCGCCCGAGCUGAUUGUCCAUCCUCUGCUAGACGCUAACGACCCAAUGUCAGAAAUUGACGAGUGGUUGCCUCGUCUUCAUGCCUUAGUGUUGGGCCCUGGUCUUGGUAGACGGCCUCAGACAUUUGCAACCUUGGGCCACGUGAUUGAGGCAGCCAAGGAUCGCCAGUUGUUACUCAUCAUUGAUGCCGACGCUCUUUUCUACCUCAAUGAAAACUAUGAUACUCUACAGGGAUAUAGCAAUGCCAUCCUCACUCCAAACAAAGUGGAGUUCGCUCGCCUGUAUAGAGCAGUGUUGAAGGGAGACAUGAAGGCCGAGCACGUUACACCAGAUCACGUUCAGCAGGUGGCUAAGAAAUUAGGUGUCACUAUUGCUUGUAAAGGUAACGUAGACAUUAUUGCGUCUGGUGACAUCGUAAUCACCUGCGAGAUUCCCGGGUCUCCCAGGCGAUGCGGCGGCCAAGGCGACGUUCUUAGCGGGGCUGCUGCCAUCUUGCUUUACUGGGCAUUUGGCACAGCAACUGCCUCAAAAGAGAAGCCAGCUUACACACCCACAGUAGUGGCUGCCUGGGGUGCCUGUGCCUUAACCCGUCGAGCUUCUGGUCUGGCCUUCACUCAACGUGGUCGAGGUGCUCUCACCACAGACAUGCUUCAGUUUAUCAGUCAGGCUUUCACAUCACUUUUUGUUAGCAAGACAAAAUGAAGUUGUCAUCAAGUUGAUCCAUUUCCCUCCGUCCAAAGCUCCAUGUAGGUGGCCCACUACAGCUCCAAGUGUCUAUGAUAAUGUUGGCAGGAAGCAGUUAAUGCCUGCAGUACUUUGCUGCUUAACACCGAGUAUUUUGUUACUACCGCACACUACCUCUUUAUCUUCUCAUCCUCAACAAAUAAUGUUUUAUGAUGUAUUUGAUUGAUUAAAAUUAUAAUCUUUCUGGUUCUGUAAGUUAUAGUAUUUAAAUCUAAAAUCAACAAUCAAAAGUGAACUAGGAUUAGUCAUUGGCUACGUUAAACUGCAAUUGAAAAAUAUUCCUUUCACACCAAACAUUGUCGGUCAGGACAGUCAAGUCUUCCUUAUCCUCAUCCAUUUUUGGUAGUAAACAUUUUCAAAGUUUCCCAUUACAUUUCUAAGUUUAUGUUAUGUCAUGUCAUGUCAAGUCAUGUUAUGUCAUGUAUACAGUACAGUAUCUCACUCUCUGGUUAGUGAACUUUUUGUGUCAGGCUGGUGUGUCUGUCAGUCUAUAAGUAUAAGUCACGUUACUCUCACCAAUCUCGUCAAUUUCUUUUAAUAAUUGUGGAUUGUUUUAGAUCAUCUCACCUAACAUAAUUUUAUCAUCUCAACUGUUUUUUCUUUAUGAUUUUCUUGUUUUUGUGCUAAAAUAUAAAUAUGUUUUCCUUCACUGUUAAAAGUUCAGGUUAGUGGAAAACUUUCACUGAGAGCUAAGGAGGACAUGUUGGGUUCAUAGUCUUGCAUUCAUAUUCCAUUCCCUGCCAUGUGUCAUAAGAGCUGUGUAUUGUUAUUUGUUAAUGAUGUCGUUCAUAACCAACUGCUACGUUCACUGAUAAAACACUUUCUAAAUGGCCAAACUAUUAAGGCUUAAAAUGUCAUAUAUGGUAUUAUUAGUUAACAAGCUGUGUAAACUAUAUAUGGUAUUAGUUAACAAGCUGUGUAAACUCA